CAAUCAAAAAGCUGUACCAGUUUUAUAAUGCGGAAAAACAUUAAUGUGGCAAUCGAUAUGACAGGCAUUAAAACAGAAUACACAUUUUUUGGUAGCAUGAAAAGCCACGACAGCCAUAACGUAGGUGGCAGUAGUAUCACCAGCGCUGCAAUAAUACAGAUCUCUUUAACUAUGUCGACCUGACAUCGCUCGGCGUCUUCUUCGUACUCCAACGCUUUCUGUCGCACCUGACGCUCGAGAAUCAUCCAUUUGAGUAAAACUGGUCGAAUGAAAGGACAAUAGCUUUCGUGCGGAAAAUCUUCGACAUCCACGCAUCGAUCUCCUUGUCCGAGCUCUAUAGUGGCGUAUUGAGUGGGCGAGAAACGCGUGGCGAUAUCUGCGAUUCUCGUUCUGCGUCGAAUGUCGGCCUGCAUAUGGUUGAGAGUGCGAGACAAUGUUGAUACAACAAGGAAUACCACAAAGCGAAUAAUUAAGGAAUAAGAAAUCUGGCUAAAUUUUUAAGCGUUCCACGUUAUCGUGCUCAAGGAAUUUUCAUGGAUUUUUAAUAACGCGAGUCACCGAGUGCUUCAAAACUUGUCAGCCGUAACGUGGAAACCCGGCAUGGUAUAAGGCUAUCAGCUAUAACCCAACGAUUGCUAGAAUCCUGGUGAUCUAGUUGAUUAUAUAUCUCAAGCAGUGGGACCGGUCCAAUAACACAAAUGAGAUCGUUAAUGGAUAACCCAUUUCUUGCUGACGAACCCCCACCACCGACACCGAGUAGGAGCUUUGUAAGGUCAAAGCCUCCAGGCGCGGAUGCCGAAUUUCUUAAAGACCCACUAGCAAGCUUGGGAAUCACCAAUGACGAGUCGCUGCACAAACCAUCGGUUUUCCUCGACUGUCUCACCACAAACAAACAGCAGCAUGAUAAGAUUAUGGCAAAUUUUGGUUUUUUCGCCGAGUUUCGAUUACCGCCUCUGCCGCUUAUUGGGGAAAUAGCAGAGGAUGCCAAAUUCCGGCGGACGGUUAUGCAUAGCAUCCAAGUGCAGGAUUUUGCCAAAACAGAACCAAAUUCAGUGGAUAUUCAAUUGGAAGGAUUCGAUGACUCCAGUGACUGGGUUUCGGAAGACGCCAAUGAGCACAUCUGGAAAGCAGUCCAGAAUAGUGCUGUUCCAAAAAAGAAAAAGAAGAAACCGAAAAAGAAGAAAAAGAAAGAUAAAAAGCCUACAGUAAUGGAAGAUCUUAUGACUCCCGAAGAGGCAUCUCUUAAUUACCAGAUUGCUAUUGAAGAAGAACGACUGAAACGAUAUUUGUUGGAAUACAAAACGGCGACAGAGCACGGAAAUUAUUUGCACGAACAAGUUAUGAAAACACGUAAAAGGUAUGAUCAGGAAGCGCAAGCAGUCAAAUCGGACCAGGCGCAAGAUGAUGCCGACUUAGUCGCAUUGGAAAAUGAAUGGAGUCAUCAUAUCCUGGCGGUCGAAAAGGAAACAGAGAUUCUGCAGAGAGAAACUGAAGCGACUGUUGCUCGUCUCCGAAACCAGAUUGCUGAUGCUAAUGCUGAAACCGAGAAAAUAAAGAAGGAAGUAGCCGUAUGGGAAGCGUUCCGUGACGGUGCUAUGCUUCAGAAUUUAGCUCAUAUCGAAAGCCUCACAAAAUCAAUCGAGGGCCAGAAAACCGAUAGUGAGCGGUAUUUAGCGUUGACGGACGAGUUGAUCAUUCUUAGUGAAAAGGUCUCGGUGGAUAUGGAGAAAGAGGCCUUGAAUGAACUUUGUGUUCGGCAUGUUAACAUGGUGCGGGAACGCAUCCCGCCCGAAGAGCUACAGGGGAUAGAAGACAACGACAUUUUAACAGCCGAGUUGGCUACAUUGGACAAAAUAUACCAGGACCUGUUGCAGGAAACGGACUACUUGCAGAAAAAGAUUUUACAUCAAACAGCGGGAGCACAAGCUCUAGCUAAUUCCGUUUAUGAACACAGCGCCCGUAUUUUGCAGAAUACGACGCUUUCUCUUGGCGACAAGACGGGGAACGGCAGUUGUCUUCCAAAAACAUUAGACACCGCUACAAUCAGUAUUAGGGAAAUGGAGUGCGUGAAAGCCAAAUCCGGAGGACUGUGCGUUGUGGGAACCGGCAUCUUUAAGACAAAAGAAAUCGUCCCGCUGUCCAAUAUUAAUGAACGAAAGCCAUUGGCCCUCGCUGUAUCUUCAGGAUUUCUAGAAGUCCCCAGCAUUGAUGCUAGAGCAAACAGUGCAGAUAAUCUGCUGCACAUGCCGGAAACGGAUAUUAUAAAAACUGUAGAAGCGGUCACCAGCGUCGAACGAGAGGUGCGCCACGAUGACCCAUUGCAGAAUUACGCAAAACCAGUAUUUUUGGACGAAAUUCUUCAUCAAAUAUAGUGGAUUGGUGAAGCUGUCUUAUUAUUUGCAUGCUUUAUUAGUGCUAUGAGUACAAUCAUAAACGAUUUCAUGUUUGCGUGGAUGAAUCGCUACAGUAUGAUUUGGGUUAAAUCGUAUUGCUGUUUAAAAACAAUAUCAGCUGAUACAGUAAAGCAAAACAUAUGUAGAUAAA